GGGAGAACAAGGAGGCCACCAGCUUCGUUGAUAGGACCACUGCCCGCGGCUGAUCGCAUCUGCUCUCGAAUGUGGUCAUCGGACGGAGUGUUGAAUUUGAAAUGAAAAGGGAUGAAGGAGAAUCCCAAAUGGCGGCUUCGAAGGGCCCUUCUGAUGUUCUUCUCGGCAAACCACAGCGAUGCUGGCGGCCAUGACUUGUCAGUUACUGUUCGGCAGCACGACGGCGGACGUGGCUACCCCUUCUCAGCAGUCAGACGUUGCCUGCGAGUCGGCAGGAUGGUCUUCUUGGCGGUGCUUCUCUUCGUCGCCUCUUUACUUGGCUAUCGGCGGUGGCUUGUCCGGCACAAUGGGACGACAAUGCGCAGCCACACGUCGUCAUCAGCACCUCUCAGCAGCAGCCCCGGCGCCACACUCAUUGCAUCCGGGAGAUCAGCUCAACACGAAAGAGGCCCAGAUCGUCACGGUGCUGCAACGGUCGGGUUGUCGCUGCAAGGAGAGGAGCUGUCAUUCGUCGAGGGCUUUGUCACGACCGACAGGGCAUCGGAAGGCGACUGGCAGGCCCUCCCCAUCCCCUCUGAAGCGGCGAAUCGCAAGGGCUAUCUGUACGUCUAUCGGGCCUACUGGGACACCCGCAUGGCCGAGCCGUCGGUGCGCAUCAUUGGGAUGGCUCCCCUCAAUCGCACGGGGCCGCUGGCGGCUCUUGAUGACCUCAAGUGUCGGCUGAAGACGGCUACUGGUGAUGGGGAGGAGGGGCAGACGAUCGUCGACACGCCGGCGGUGACAGAGCGGCUGCCUGAGCACCACAACAAGACCUAUGCGGCGCAUUUCUUAUUCUGUGGUGGCUCGCCCGCUGUGAGGGCUCCUACUGAAGUGGAGCUCUUCUUUGACCUUCCGUCCUCGAGCCGUAUUGAGAUGCCGGUCAGGUGAGAAUGACGUCAUGUGACCACGUAGGUCGGCCCUUAUUUGUCUUGUUUUCUGCUUGCUGCAGGAUUUUGUAUCCCUUGUCAGGGAGUGAAGCCACGCCAGGCUCGUCACCGCGGGAGCUCUCUGUGUGUGUGCGUCCCUGGUGGGGCGUGCCCAAGACACUCACACGCCAUCCACCAGCCACCGGCGAGACCCCCGAUGCAUCGCCGUCAGCAAUGGAGGUCUACGAUGAUGCAGACGCGCUGACUGAGUUCGUUGAGCUGUGGCGACUGCUGGGGGCGCGGUUCUUCACCUUCUAUGAGAGUGCGGUGCCUGUGAGUGGUGCUGUGGUGCGGCUGCUGGAGCACUAUGUGCGCGAGGGGCUGCUUGAGGUGGUGCCCUAUCGGCUGCCGAGUGCAGUCCUUCCCUUCUAUGAAGUGUGGGACUUCGCGCAGAAUGCCCUCGUCCAGGACUGCUACCUCAGGCGAAUGGACAGCAGGUGGGCGACAUGAGAAGGGCAUGUGUGGCCACCUGCACAGCUGCCUAUCUGAUUGUUGCCAGAUACCUGGCGCUCGUCGACACAGACGAGUUCAUUCUGCCCAGUGAUAACGCGACAGUGUCGCCCGGCCUCCCCCCUCCGCCCCUCCCUGCCCUCCUGGACUCCAUCCGUGCCCAAGAGGUCAAUGCAGGCAAUGGCGCCGUCGGCGCAUUCCGCUUCUACACUUAUUUCUUCUUCACCGAAUGGCCGACCGACGGGCUGUCUUCGCAGUUCGCCACCCAGAGGUUCACCCGCCGCACUGAGCUCGCCGGGCUGAUUGGGAAGCCCAAGAGCCGCACCAAGUGCAUCAUCAUGCCCAGAUGAGUCGCCAGCAUGG